CGCUAUUUGUGGAUUCUGGAUCUCGUCGAUGUACCAUAAACAAAAAUGUCAGCGAUCCCGAUUUUUUGUUUCUUACUGCAUACCCAUCGUUAUACCUUAAUUAGAUCACACGAAUGAUAUAAAAUAAUGUUAGACGCUUUCUCCGGCGGCGUGUUUUUAGCUAAACAGUAUUCCCCAAGCGAUAAAUCGGCCAUAGUAAACGUGCGCUUCGUGUGCUCGCACCCGUCUACACCCGACCUAUCUCAUUGUUUAUGUAUGGAGAAUAAGCCAGGAAUUUUUAUGGGGUUUCACGGCGUAUUCUCGUUUUAAUUAAAUAUCUGGAUACGAUCAGGGAUUGUGACGAUUGAUCACCACGGCGGGGUUACUACGCUGACCAGCGUCCCAACGAGGAUCAAGUCAAGUUGGCGAAGGCACGCAGGGGUAUGAUCAAGGAGAAGGAGAAGGGCGGAGGCGCCCGCCUCAAGGACGAACCCAACGAUCCUACAGAACCUGGUCAUGGAUCUCGUCCACCUUCAGCGUCGCUCCCGACCCCGGCAGCGCUGAAGAAGGAGCCAGACGAGCACAGAGUCAAAAUGGAACCCCACAGCCAGUCUGGUGGUGACGAUUCAGCUGCAGAGUUGGCAGUUGACGGGAUCAAGACUGAAAUUGACGGCCUCAUGGAUAGCGAUGUUCCUCAUUCAGGCGACCCCACAAAAUCACCAUCGUGCGACUUAGGUGGUCCUGGCUCAUUGAAGUCAGAACGCCUUUCAUCAGAUUCAAAUGACAUAUUGGAUCCUCAGACCGGUCUACGUGGAUCUGCACCCAAUGUACAGGAUGGAAACCAAAAUUGCCGAAACCCGAACGUAGGGCCAGAGAGCAUGGGGUCAUGUCGCAUGGGGGGCGGUGGGGGUCCAAUGGGGCCAGGCGUAUCCAUGGGGCCAAUGUCCGCCAGUGAGGCGCAGACUCUUCCAUCCAAUGUCAUCAGCAAACAGGCGGGCAGCAUGGAGCAGCAAAGCCAGAUCUUCGUUUUCUCAACGCUACUGGCGAAUAAGGGCGCCGAGGCAGUAAUAUCUGGGCAGCAUCACUCCAUAAUAGCGUAUCAUUGCGCCCAACCAGGCACUAAGAAGUAUCUGGAGAAACACCCUCUGAAAAUGGGCCAAUUUAACAAACAAAGUCCAGCACAAUGGCUUAAUAAUAUGGCCAUGGCAAAAAGAGCGGGUAUGCGUGGUGGUCCUAACAUGAUGGGAGGGCCCAAUCAAAUGGGGCACAUGAUGGGCGGACCCAUGGGUCCUAAUAUGGGACCUAUGGGACAUGGUGGUAUGGGACACAUGGGGCCUAAUAUGAUGGGCCCUAAUAGAAUGGGUGGGCCCGGAAACCAAAUGAUGAUGAUGAAAGGAGGCCCCGGUCCCAUGGGCCAGAUGGGUCCGGGGAUGGGGCCUAUGGAUGGGUUUCCAGGGGGCACCCCGUCCUGUGGUGUCAUGGACGGCAUCGGUGCUGAUGGUGAAAUGCCCUGGGACACCAAAAACCCCUCUGUAAUGUCGAACGGCAUGGCCAACGGCGGCGGCGGCGGCGGCGGAGCCCUGCCCCCGUGCUCGGAGCCCGGCGACGCGCCGCCGCAGGAUGCGCCGCCCACAGACGCACCCUGCCAACAGGGGCCUAAAGGUGUUAAGAUUCCAGAUGAAAACUUAACGCCACAGCAGCGUGCGCAUCGUGAGGAACAGCUAGCGACAAUUCGUAAGAUGCAGCAGAUGCUCUUCCCGGAGAGCGGUAGUGGCGCUAAUCAAGGCCCCGGUGACGGCACACAACCCCCCAAUGAAGUAAACCCCCCUAACUCGGCGGGCAACAUGAAUAUGCCUUUCCCGCCUAUGUCCGGUAUGGGCCCAAAUGGACCUAUGGGCUCCGGGCCUAAUGGACCAAUGGUAUCGAUGCCAAACAGCAUGAACUCGGGCCCGAGCUGCAGUAUGGCUGGCCCGUUAGGACCAAACGGACCGAUGGGACCUGGACCUAUGGGCCCCGGUGGACCCAUGGGACCAAAUGGACCCAUGGGCGGCCCGAUGGGAGGCAUGGGUGGUCCAGGCGGCAUGGGAAUGGGUGGACAUGGAUCUAUGGGGCCUAAUGGAAUGAUGGGACCGAAUGGUCCAAUGAUGCCAGGAAUGGGGCCGAAUGGACCUAUGGGGCCUCUAGGACCUUGUGGAAUGAAAGGAAUUCGAGGAGCUUGUGGAGGUCCAGACAUGAAGGGUGGUAUGUGUACUGACAUGCACAUGGGACGAGGUUGUGGUGGUCCUAUGGGGCGUAUGCCUAACCCCAUGGGCGGAAUGGGAGGGCCUAAACCGUGUAUGAUGGGCGGACCACAUAUGGGACCUAGAAUGAUGCCAGGGCCUAAUAUUAACGCAAUGAAUGGUGGUAUAAUGAUGGACGGUAUGAUGGGCGGGAUGGUGCAUGGUGAAUGCGGUGACCAUCACCCAUUGCCGAAUGGUCCUAUGUGCGAUGAGUAUGGACGUGGUCGAAAUAUGGGCCCCGGCGACCCCGGCGGGUUAGGCCCGGGCGGGAUGGGCCCGGGCGGCCUGGGCCCGGGCGGCCUGGGACCGGGCGGGGCGGGGCGAGCGGGGCCAGGCCUACGAAGCCCCAAAAGCCCGGCGGCCGGCGCCGAUUUCGAUUGGCAGAAGUUGCACCACCAGUUCUUCGACGACCCCAAGUCCAUGGAUACUGAAUUAAGUACACAAGUGAAAUCUCCAUGCUCAGAACGAGGCGGUUGUUUACCGCCACCACCAUACGGCGCCUCACCGUUACACAGAUCCGCCUCAGUACCUAUAGCGACAGCAUCCCCUGGUCAUGGUGGUGUGCAACUACCAAUGUCUGCAGAACCCUCCCGCGCACCUUCAGCCUUGUCGUCGCCCGCGCAUUGCAAGCCACCGCCUAAACAAGACGCGCCGGAAAUACUAGAGAAGUUGGACGAUGGCGUAUUUGUCCGAACACUACAAUGUUUGGCGGCGCAACAGCAGAAGAAUCAACAGGGCGGGUCACACGGGAAGGAACCCAGUUUGAUGCCCGUGCCGUCCCCACAGCAAAUAUCCUACCUCAAUCAGUUUGAAGGUCAAGAGUUAACGAUACAGAAACAACCAAACACAUCGUUAAAAGACAACGGGCCGCCAUCCAACAGCGGGGGACAAACGCCCCAGUCGAGUUCUAAUCAAAAAUCACCAGCCGGCAUGAUGCCCGGUACGCCAGAGCCACACUCGUCGCUAGCUGAGCAACGCACGGGGAGGUUCUCACUCGAGCAGAGUCCCGGGUUCAAUAAUCCACAGACACCCACCUCCGCCGCGCCCACCAAAUGUGCCCAAGACGAAAAAUCACGACCGAGUCCGUCAUCGAAUCGGUCGAGUCAAGAAAGUGCGUCAAAAACGCCACAGCGGGACUCGAACCUCAACCAGGGACCUUACGCGCCCGCCUCCUCCGCUUCCUCGUGCGCUGGCAGUGUCAAGAGUAGUUGCAGUGUGGCGUCGAGUACGGCGCCUACAACGGCCAGUGGAAGUAUAGAGGACAAUAUGUCAGCUAGUAGUGAGACGACGUUAUCGGGCGGCCCGAACAGCACGAGCCUGCCGGGCCCGUUCCCGAGCGCGUGCAGUAUGAGCCGGCCCGACAACAUCCCCAUCAACCCGAACCAGGGCCCCGGAGGCCCGCUGGGCGGCGGCGCGGCGUCGUUCGACCCGAUCUCGUCGCUGGCGCAGAUGUCGCAGCAGCUGACGAGCGGCGCGCCCGGCGCGGGGCCCGCGGGGCCCGCGGGGCCGCCGCCCUGCGGGCCCUUCGCGCCCGCGCCCCACCACCUCCCGCACCACCACGCCAUGCACCCCCACUCGCACCCCCACAUGAUGAUCAAUGAUUUGGGAUGCCACAUGGACAAUAUGGGAGGCCCAGGAAUGGGCGGACCCAUGGAAGGCAUGAUGGGCGGCGGCGACUUCCCGCCGGACAUCAACCUCAGCCCGAAGAUGGGCGCGGGCGCCAUGGGCGGCAUGGGCGGCAUGCCCGGAGACGGCAUGAUGGCCGCGCGCAUGCCCAAUGCUGCCAAGAUGCCGCCCUUCAACGGCGCCAACGUGCAGGUGAAGGCGAGCGCGCCGAACACGAUCCAGUACCUACCCACGCGGCCGCAGAUGGCGUGCAACUCGGGCCCGCGCGGGCCGCCCAGCCUGGAGUUCCUGCAGCGCGUCACCAGCCCCAUGCAGAUGGAGGGCAAGGGCGGCGUGCAGUACUUCCCGGGCGCGCGCGGGCUCGACGUGGACGGCAUGCGGGGCGUCAUGCGCGGGCCCGGCAUGCUGCGCAUGGCGCCCUACCCGGCCGGCUUCGGCUCGCCCCCCAAGAUGCCCGAGUUCGGGGCGCCGGGGCCCGCGCCGGCCGCCAUGUGCGCCGGCUUCCGCGGCGGCAAGGGGCCCAUGGGCCCCGCCGUGCGCAUGGGCGCCGCGCAGCCGCUGCCGCCGUCCAUGGCCGGCCCCGGGCCCGGCUUCAAGGGCCAGGGGUUCGCCAUGCAGUCGACGGCCGACCCCAACUACGCGGCGCAGUUCCACAACUUCCAGCAGCAGCUGUACGCGACGGGCAGCCGCGCGCAGCACCAGGGCUACCCGCCGUACCAGCCGUCCAAGUGAUGGCAGCCGGCCCGGCCCGGCCCGCUCGUGUCCUGACGCCCGCGCGCGCCCCCCGCCCGCUCCCCGGACUGUCCCCGCGUGCCCGGCGUGCCCCACGUGCCCCACGUGCCCCACGUGCCCUACGUGCCCCGCGUCGACGCCCAUGUACUUAAUUAAUUAUACGCCAGUGAAACGAGAGAUCAAAUAUUUUGUUAGUGAUUUUCGUUAGUCCGCAUACUUGACAUUCGUUCGAUAUUGUGAAGUUUUAGAAGCUGCCACCCCUUAUGUUUACUAGCGUACUAAUUUUCAGGUUAGGUUACUAUCGUAGGUUUCUUGACUGAGCAUCAUUUUUUAUGUUAGUGAAAGCGGAUGCGUUUGUACAAAUUGUACAAAAUUUAGACGUGUUAUUGUGUACUCUACGUGAAUUAAAGUACAGUUAGACGUAAUUGAUUUGCUUAUGGCAAUAAAUUAGUUUAAGGGCAAUUUUUUUACAGAGACAUAUGCCAGAAUUUCAGUGUAUCGGUUCCUUUACUUAGCUAUUUUUACGUACGAUUCCUAUGCACACAGAUAUCUAGUCAAUUUGAAAUUAACGGAGCCCGAGCCUGUGCCGGCCGCGAGCGACGCCGCCCCGGCCACAGACGAGAACAUUACACAAGUACAUUAUUAUAAACGAUUUGUCCGUCUUAGUUUUAGAUUAAUUAAAUCCUAUUUAGUGAAAUUGGUUUAUCAUUAUUGUUUUGGCUGAUGGCCAGUGUAACUUGAAAUUAAUGUACCAGUCUAAUGUUAGGACUUUUUUAUUACUUUUGAUCUGAUAGCAAUGUUUUUUCUGUCUUCCAAUACCUUUUAAUAGACUCUUAAAUAUUACAAUACAAUAAGGAGUAUACAAAAUUAUACUCCAAUAAUAUGCUUCGGACUGCACAGUGGUUAGUUCGAAUAGUCUUUACUUUUAAUAUUUAAAAGUACUUAAAAUCUGAUGCCAUAUUAUUUGCCACGUGAAUUUAAUUUCGUGAUAUUUUUAAACUAUAUCUAUUUUAAUUUAUUGCUGUCUACAGUUUCUUUAUAAUAAUGCCAAUAUAACAGAAAUCAUAACAUUUUUAACGUCAUAGGACUUAUUAAUAUGCUAGGCUAGUAGUCGCACAUUGUGAACGUCACAGUGGCCUUCGAUUGAUGUCUCUUUGUUUGUAAAGCAAUAAAGCAGUUGGCGCGAUGUAAAGCCGCACCGGGUUGUAGCCGCUCGACACACUGACGGCCCGACCGUCCGACGGCUCGACCACCCGACGGCUGGCCUGCCUGACGGUUCGACUUCCCGACGGCACUGUAGUUAGUAUUGUUCCGCGCAGUCCGCCUGUGGUUUCACGACACUCGAGAUUAUGAACGGCAUAGCAAUUUCGAGAAUAACAAGCACAACAGUCCAGAUCAUAACACCCGCUAGCGUUUAGAUAGUGUUAAUUUAAUUGUAAUUAUAAUUGUAAGGUAAAGAAUGGUUCUUGUUUUAGGGUAAGUGAAGAGCAAUGAUAUAAAAUAGUUUGUCUAAUAUUGAUAAGAAAUGAAAUUAAGAUGCAAACUAUUGGUUGUGAUUAUGACACAAUUUGUUAAGUUGUUCGUAGAUUUGUCACACUGAGAAUUGUGGAAACUUAACUGAAUUUCACGAUAGAGGGUCCCUUUUUAUUUUUUACUUCUUUGUUUUUUGGAUAUUUUUACUUGUUCUCGUUUGUACAUCGCUAACAAUAAUUGUACAGAGUACUUUUGGACUUAAUUUAAGGCAAUAAAUGUAUUUAUUUUAUAACUCGUGAUGUAAGAAUUUAUUCUUAAUUAUUAUAAAAAAAUAUAUGAUAUGCUUGUA